GUUGCUUCUGCGCUUCAUAGCAGCCUAUAUAUACGUGUUCAUUUCAUUUUAUCUAUGCACUCUCCUACAGCAUUGCAAAAGUCUUGCACUUUGGCUUUUGUCCCAAUACCUCUUGCUUCAUGCAAAAAAAGUGUAUUCUCUGAAUUUCUGAAGAUCUACUACCUUGAACUGAGGGUGGGAGCUGAAGCAGGAAUACCGAAAUGGACAAGACAGCAAUUGCCCUUGAGGCUAUUAGCAAGGAGACUGUUGAUCUGGAGAACAUUCCAGUUGAAGAAGUGUUUGAGAAGUUGAAAUGUACAAGAGACGGUCUCAGUUCUGAUGAGGUUCAACAGAGGUUAGCAGUAUUUGGCCACAACAAGCUUGAGGAGAAAAAGGAAAGUAAAAUACUCAAGUUUUUGGGGUUUAUGUGGAAUCCACUAUCAUGGGUUAUGGAAGCUGCAGCAAUUAUGGCCAUCUUUCUUGCCCAUGGAGGAGAGGAAGGGGUAGAUUACAAUGAUUUUAUAGGCAUUUUGACACUACUUAUUAUCAAUUCAACCAUCAGCUUUAUAGAGGAAAACAAUGCUGGAAAUGCAGCAACAGCUCUUAUGGCUCGGUUGGCACCAAAAGCAAAGGUUUUGCGCAAUGGAAGCUGGGGAGAGGAAGAUGCUGCUGUAUUGGUGCCUGGAGACAUUGUCAGUAUCAAACUAGGAGAUAUUAUUCCCGCUGAUGCUCGAUUGCUUGAAGGGGAUCCUUUGAAAAUUGAUCAGUCUGCUCUUACCGGAGAGUCACUUCCAGUAACUAAGAAUCCUGGUGAUAGAGUUUACUCUGGUUCAACAUGUAAGCAAGGUGAAAUCGAAGCAGUUGUCAUUGCUACUGGUGUGCACACCUUUUUUGGAAAGGCAGCUUAUCUUGUGGAAUCCACUACACAUGUUGGGCAUUUUCAGAAGGUUUUAACGGCAAUUGGAAACUUCUGCAUUUGCUCUAUUGCCAUUGGCAUGCUGAUUGAGAUCGUUGUAAUAUAUGGGAUUCAAAAAAGGGAAUAUCGUGUUGGCAUAGACAAUCUUCUAGUUUUAUUCAUUGGUGGUAUCCCCAUUGCUAUGCCAACGGUACUUUCUGUUACCAUGGCCAUAGGUUCUCAUCGCUUGUCUCAGCAGGGUGCAAUAACAAAGAGAAUGACAGCUAUUGAGGAAAUGGCAGGGAUGGAUGUGCUCUGCAGUGAUAAAACGGGCACUUUAACUCUUAACAAACUUACAGUUGACAAGUCUAUGAUAGAGGUUUUUGCAAAGGGUGUUGACAAGGACAUGGUUUUAUUGAUGACUGCAAGAGCUUCGAGGUUAGAAAAUCAAGAUGCUAUUGAUGGAGCUAUUGUUUCUAUGCUGGCUGAUCCUAAAGAGGCUCGAGCUGGAAUUACUGAAGUUCACUUUCUUCCAUUUAAUCCAACUGACAAAAGGACAGCACUUACAUUUUUAGACAGUGCGGGCAAGAUGCAUAGAGUGAGCAAAGGUGCACCGGAACAGAUUCUCAGUUUGGCAUGCAAUAAAUCAGAUAUUGAAAAAAAGGUACACACAAUAAUUGAUAAAUUUGCUAAGCGUGGACUUCGAUCCCUUGCAGUUGCUCGACAGGAGGUACCUGCUGGUACCAAGGACAGUCCUGGUGGACCAUGGGAAUUUGUUGGUCUUCUCCCUCUUUUUGAUCCACCUCGCCAUGACAGUGCUGAAACUAUCAGAAGAGCUCUAGAUCUUGGUGUUAGUUUCAAAAUGAUCACAGGUGAUCAACUGGCAAUUGCAAAAGAGACAGGGAGACGACUUGGAAUGGGCACAAACUUGUAUCCAUCAUCCUCUUUGAUAGGGGAAAACAAGGAUGGAACAAUUGGAGUUCUACCAAUUGAUGAGCUCAUUGAAAAUGCUGAUGGUUUUGCUGGUGUUUUCCCUGAGCAUAAGUUCGAGAUUGUGAAGCGACUGCAAGCUAAAAAGCAUAUAGUUGGAAUGACUGGUGAUGGAGUAAAUGACGCACCUGCAUUACAGAUAGCAGACAUAGGAAUUGCAGUGACAGAUUCAACAGAUGCUGCUCGUAGUGCUUCUGAUAUAGUUCUGACAGAGCCUGGGCUGAGUGUAAUCAUUAGUGCUGUUUUGACCAGCAGAGCAAUCUUUCAAAGAAUGAAGAAUUACACAACAUAUGCUGUGUCCAUCACCAUACGUAUUGUGAUGGGGUUUAUGUUGCUCACUUGUUUUUGGAAUUUUAAUUUCCCUCCCUUUGUGGUUCUCAUUAUUGCCAUUCUAAAUGAUGGUACUAUCUUGACGAUAUCCAAAGAUAGAGUUAAGCCAUCCUCAAUACCAGACAGUUGGAAACUUAGUGAAAUUUUUGCAACUGGGAUUGUGAUAGGCGGAUACCUUGCCAUAAUGACAGUUGUGUUCUUCUGGGGAGCUUAUGAAACUGAUUUCUUUCCGAAACACUUCAAUGUGCAUAGCCUUCAGAAGAAAGUUUACAAUGUUUCUGAUGAACACGUCUUCAAGGAACUGAAUGGACAGCUGGCAUCAGCUGUGUACCUUCAAGUUAGCACCAUCAGCCAGGCUUUAAUAUUUGUGACUCGCUCCAGGAGCUGGUCAUUUACAGAGAGGCCUGGUCUUCUUCUCGUUGUUGCUUUCCUUAUUGCUCAAUUGAUUGCAACUGUAAUAUCUGCGGAAGCAACAUGGGAUUUUGCUGGAAUUAGCAAGAUUGGUUGGAAAUGGACUGGUGUUAUAUGGCUAUACAAUAUUGUAACAUAUGUGCUCCUUGAUCCUAUCAAGUUUGCUGUUAGAUAUACAUUGAGCGGUAGAGCCUGGGGCCUAGUCUAUAACCAAAGGACGGCAAUGACAACCCAAAAAGACUUUGGUAAGGAAGCUCGGGAAGCUGCAUGGGCAGCCGAGCAGCGGACACUUCAUGGCCUCCGAUCUAUGGAAUCAAAUGUAUUCUCUGAAAAGCAUAUUUUCAGAGACAUCAGCAUCAUGGUUGAAGAAGCCAGAAGACAUGCAGAGAUUGCAAGAUUGAGGGAGCUUCACACCCUGAAAGGCAAAGUGGAGUCCUUUGCAAAGUUGAAGGAUUUGGAUAUUGAUGUGAACCCUCAUUACACUGUCUGAGUGACGGUUACAUCACAAAAUUGAAUUGCUUUCCGGGGAACUGCUUAACCAGGAGAGGGUAGCCAAGCUGAUGAUUCCCAGUCUGAAAGGUGUCUAAUUUAGUUGCAGCUUUCCUUUACUUUGUUCCCUUUUCUCUUUCCUUUUCUUUUUCACCAUUGUAAUGUGCUCAGUGCUCAAGUGUCCAAUGUGAACCAUCAAUAAAAGCUUUUUACUGUCA